ACAAAUUACAGACCUGCUCAACAGGCGUCUUUCUCUCGUUUUCUGCACCUCCAUUGGCUGAGACUAAAACUGCUACUUGAAACUAAACUGCUUCCUGAAUAGCAAAUACUUUGUGUGACAGGAAAUAACACUGACAGAACCAAGGUCAGUUACACAUCUACUGAAAAAAUCAAAACAAAACAAAUGAGGACAAAAUAUAUUUAACUCCUAGUUAGACACAGUUCAGUCUAGGUUCCAAAGGCUGUGACGAAAGACAACGGGGCCACAGAGGAGCUUUUGAACCCACACUGUGAGUUAUGUCUGCUGGACAGAAAAACACUCCGCGAGACCCUGCAUGUCAAAGUGGAACUGUUUUUUUCUCAAACCCUUUGAUGAGUGAUAUUGAAUCAGACUGGUCUCCAAUUCACGAAGCAGCCUUUAACGGACGUCUCCUCACCCUGCAAAAGCUCAUUGAUCAGGGUGCAUGUGUAAAUCUGAACACUCUGGAUAUGGUCUCACCCCUUCAUGGGGCGUGUACACAAGGUCACACGGCUUGUGCCAAGCUUCUGAUGGAAAACGGUGCAAAUGUAAACAGCUCAACUCUGGAUGGAAAAACUGCCCUGACAGAAGCAUGUGCUCAGGGGCACGUGACCUGCGUAUCACUGCUUCUUCAACAUGGAGCUGCUUCCCUGGGGACCAGCCAGUCCAGUUCUCCAAUCCAUAUAGCUGCAACAAAAGGUCACCCUGAGUGCAUUGAACCUCUUGUUCAGUACGGAGCAGAUGUGGAUCAGCAUGUUGACAAGUUAGGAACCCCUCUCCAGAUUGCCUGCUCCAAUCAGCAUCUGAGCACCGUGAGAAAACUAUUGCAGCUGGGUGCAAAUGUGAACAGCAGUGUGUCUGGGGACUCGCCUCUGCACAUCGCUGCCCGUCAGUCCAGCCCUGAGUUGACAUCCGUUCUGCUUGAACAUGGGGCGGAUCUCUUCCUCAGGAACUCAGAGGGCAGCCAGCCACUGGACCUCGCUCCGCCCAACAGCCUGACGGAGAGACUUCUAAAACAAGCAGGAGGAGUGUCUCCUCUAAUGCAGCUGUGCCGACUACACAUCAGGAAAGCUGUGGGCAACAAGAGGCUGGGUGCGAUUUGUGACCUUCAGUUACCCACAGAACUGAUAGAGUAUCUGCUCUACCAAUCAGACCCAAGGGGAGCUCUUAAUGCGCUGAAAUUCCUCAACCCUGCAACCUCAGAUUUUGAGUCUUAAAAGUUUUUGGUCAAUAGGGGGCAGACUUGUAUAAUCUCACAUGGUGGCAACAACGUCCGUGCCCCUGGUUGAUGAUGAACCACAAUGUCGGAAUUACUUUCAGUGAAAGAUAUCCUAUAUCUUUGUUGCUUCCCUCAGGAAGGGAGGCUGGAUGGGAAAGACAUCAAUUAGUCUUGAUGUUUAAUACAGGUGGAUGAUGUGGCCGUAACCUUUAAGCUUUAAAUGCGCACAAGCUACCAGACGUUAGGCUACUAAAAAAACCUUUUUACUCCUUUAAGGUUUUGUUCAUAGAUAUUUUAUGUUUCGCUUAAAAAUGUGUUGCUCUUAAUAGUAAGGCAAAUAAAAACGCACUACUGAAUGCAAUGAUUCCUGUUCAUACCUUUUUUAUUACUCAAGUUUUAAAGAGUAUAUUUGAACAGAAAAACAACAUAAUUAGAAGCACAAUGGAUAAAAGUAAAAUACCUGAGCCCAGAAAAAAGUGAACUUCCUGUGUUUAUCAUGUGAAUUAAUCUUAUGUCAUCAUUUCAGUAAAACCUAUUUUUAAAUAAACACAAUCAAUACUCUUCUGUGUACCUGACUAAAAAACUGGGCUUUUUAUAGAUGCUAUAGUGAAGAUGCAAGAUUCUGUUUUUCUUGCGUUACUCUAUGAGGGAACAAGAGCAUCAAGACAGAACAACAGUGUACACGAUGCAAUGACUUUUUCUUAAAGGUCACCACUUAUGGCUAUUCCCUCAAGAUGCAAUGAGUAGAGGCAGUGGAGGUAGACGAGUUUAAAUACCUGGGGUCAACCUUUCAAAAUAACUGACAGUGCCCAAGAGUGGUGAAAAAGAGACUGUAGGCAGGGUGGAGUGGGUGGAGACAAGUGUCAGGGGUGAUUUGUGACAGAAAGGUAGCAGCAAGAGUGAAAGUGAACAUUUACAAGAUGGUAGUGAGACCUGCUAUGAUGUAUGGUUUGGAGAUGGUGGUGCUGACAAAAAGACAGGAGGUAGCAGAGCUGAAGAUUUUGAUUGGGAGUGACCCGGAGGGACAAGGUUAGAAAUUAUUAUAUCAAAGGGACAGCUCAGUUUGGAAUUAGACAGAAGGGGAAAUAGAUAUACUGGACAAAGGGUGCUGAAGAUGGAGCUGGAAGGCAGGAGGAAAAAAAAAAAAAACACCAUAAAGAAGAUUCAUAGAUGUGGUGAGAGAAGACAUGCAGAGUUGGUGUAACGGGGGAAGAUAGGGUGAGAUGGAGACCUGCUGUGGUGACCCCUAAAGGGAGGAAUUGAAAGAAGGGAAAAAAGAAGAUGAACUUAUCUCCAUUCCCCAAAUCCAGUAUUGACAAUAUGCUGGCUGGUUUCACAGUAAACAUUUGUUCCAAUGCAGAAACAUCAAUAGUUUUAUUCAAGAACGUCCUAUAACCAGAAACUUUGAGCAAGGCAUUACUUUGUAAUGCUCGCUCCUAGCAGCCUGUGAGCUUGUCAGCAACCUACCAGGUAAGCACUCACUGACCCUUGACCCAUAUUUUAAUCAAUACAUACAACAGAACAGAAGCCAGAGGGAGGAAAAGCAGAAAAGAGGUUUAUACUAGAUGUAAAAAGCAAGAAAUGACUAAAGCAGACAAUAUGACUGGGAUAUGGAUGCAUUUUAUGCAUCUAUCAUUUUUAUUGGAAAUGAGUAAUGCCACUGUAUCAUAAGCAUUGAUUUCAACAGGUCAUUUAGAGAUGAUGAAGGAGCAGAAUGUGCUGCUCCUUCACCUCUGGACAUCAACAUGAUUUUAUUCAAUUCACCCACAGCCUUCUUGUUGAAUGCAGCACUCAUUAACUCCCCAUUGAUCCCUCUGUCCCAAUACGGCGCCCGAACUAAAUCGUCAUCCCCUCAAACACUGCAUUAGCGCCCGGGGCCAGGAACACACACACACGCACGCAUGCACACCCAGUUUCGAUUUAACUGAUCUUUAAUGUGAAAUCAAUGCUACGGAGGAGUUUCUGUCUUCUGCAGCUGCUGGAAAAAAAGACAUACAAUAUCCAAAGCUUGCAAUUACUGAUAUCUUGAAAAUCAGGUGAGGCAAGUCUGUCUGGGAAUCACCGUCAUAUGACCACUUGAAUAAUUUCCCACUCCAGUCAUCCUGGCUUUUUUUGGACUAUUUGCUGUUCUUCUGAAAUAUUUCCCGAGUUCAGUCAUGUGCUGCAUGGCACUCAGAUGCACUCCAAAAAUCAACCAAGCUAUGUGUGAUACCAAAGCUUUUACUUUUUUCCCCUCUA